CGCCGCAGGAGUAACAACACAUAUCUGGCCAUCAAAGAAGAGCAUGCGUCCCGGCGGUGCACACAGCAUGCUGGACAUCAGCAAUACAACCUGGGAUCUGUCGAAUCAAUCGGUGCUGCAACCCCUGUGGGACUACCUCCAGCAAAACCACGAGAGCAGCCUGCGCUCACCGCUGUUUCCCGUCAUCCUCUCGGUGUCAAUGUACCUGGUGCUGGUGUUCUUCUACACUGUGCUGGAUCUACUGGCUCCCACCUGGCCCUCCAUCCGCCGUUACCAGAUCCACCAGGACCGCACCGUCACCUGGUCCAACAUCGGCUCCACUUUGGCGCUCACCACGUACAACCAUCUGCUCUACAUCUUCCCCGCCGCCGUGGCCCAGUGGCUCUGGCGGCCACCCAUCCCUCUGCCGCGCGAAGCGCCCACGCUGACUGCCUUCCUGCUGGGAAUCGUGGGCUGCACGGUGGUGUUCGACUUCCAAUACUACUUGUGGCAUCUUUUGCAUCACCGCGUCGGCUGGCUGUACCGCACCUUCCAUGCUCUCCACCAUCAGUACCGCCAGACCUUCAGUUUGGUCACCCAGUACCUAUCCGCCUGGGAGCUCUUCAGCGUUGGCUUCUGGACCACAGUGGAUCCUUUGCUUCUCCAGUGCCACUGUCUUACUGCCUGGGCGUUCAUGCUGUUUAACAUCUGGGUGUCCACGGAGGACCACUGCGGGUAUGAUUUCCCUUGGGCGAUGCACCGUCUGGUCCCUUUCGGCCUUUGGGGUGGAGCUCUGCGGCACGACGCUCACCAUCAGCUGCCGGGCACCAACUUUGCACCUUUCUUCGCCCACUGGGACUGGCUGGGAGGCACGGCGACUAUGCCGGCUCCUGUGAAGACAAAAAAAAGGGACGACAAGGAAGCCUGAGGCUCCUUUUCCCUUUCUCACCCUCGCUCUCAUCUCGCUCCAUCUGUCCCGCCCCGUCUCGCACAUUCCCCCGUCUCUCUAUUCACCCCCCCUCGAACUGCAGAUCAAGUGUCUUACUAACAAGCAAGUAGAGGAGAAGCAGAGCUGAACAUUCCCAACAGUCCUUGAAUGUAUAAAGUGUCUUUUUUUCUUGCAAAUCUCUCUAUUUUUCUAAAAAGAAAACCUCUUUAGCAUUGGCCAACUUGUGGAGGGUUGUUUUGUGGGAUAUCUCAGGUUAGUAGUUUUGGCCUUAUGUUUGCAGUGUCUUUUUAAAGAGGUUACAUGUGUCCAAAAUGCCUUGUGUUCCAAUGCUUGUUAUUGUAUUUUGACAGUUUUCACUAAACUUGGGUCAAUAAAAUGAUGUUGUUUGUUAA